AUGGAUUUUGCUAAUUCUGCUGGUGAAACUGAUGAGUAUAAAGAUAUAAUUGAAAAUCUUGUAAUAGUCAUUGGAACACCAAACUUGGUUGAGUUUUUUCCCGCUUUAAGGAUGUUUGAUCCACAAGGUGUUGGUUUUGUAAUAUUGAUUUUAGGGAGUGAAAGUUCGGUACCUAUAAAACAUAACUCCAAAAAAAAACUUAGUAAAGGAGCUAUCAUUGCAAUUUCUGUUGGUGGAGUUGUUCUGUUGUUUUUUGUAGUACUUGUCAUUGUUCUUUGUUGUUUAAAUAAAAAAGAUAAUGGAAGCUCGAGAGUUGUUAAAGCGAAGGGACCUAGUGGUGGUGGAAGGACAGAGAUAGUGAAAGAAGAGUUUGGAAGUGGCGUGCAAGAAUCUGAGAAAAACAAAUUGGUUUUCUUUGAGGGUUGUUCUUAUAAUUUCGAUCUCGAGGUUUUGUUGAGAGCUUCGGCCAAGGUUCUUGGAAAGGGAAGUUACGGAACCUCAUAUAAGGCUAUAUUGGAGGAAGCAACAACAGUUGUAGUGAAACGGUUGAAAGAAGUUGUAGUAGGAAAGAGGGAAUUUGAACAGCAGACGGAGAUUGUUGGAAGCAUUGGAAAUAACCUAAAGGUCGUUCCACUCCACGCUUGUUAUUAUUCGAAGGAUGAGAGGCUUUUGGUUUGUGACUAUUUCCCAAAUGGAAAUCUAUCUAUACUCUUGCAUGGUAUGCAUUUCUGCGGACGAGCUAGCUUAGAUUUGAACAUGCGAGUAAAAAUCACUCUCGGAAUUUCUCGGGGAAUUGCACAUUUACAUUCAGUUGGCGGUCCAAAAUUCACACACGGAAAUGUGAAAUCCUCCAAUGUCCUCAUAAGCCAAGAUAACGAUGGCUGCAUUUCAGAUUUCGGCCUGACACCAAUCAUGAAUGUUCCUGCGACCCCUUCCAGAACUGCAGGGUACCGUGCUCCCGAGGUAAUCGAAACUUGGAAACACACUCAUAAAUCAGACGUGUACAGUUUCGGUGUCCUCCUUUUGGAAAUGCUUACUGGUAAAGCGCCACAACAGUCUCUAGUAUGCGAUGACAUGGUUGAUCUGCCUAGGUGGGUUCAGUCUGUCGUUAGGGAGGAAUGGACCGCCGAGGUUUUUGAUGUGGAACUAAUGAGGUACCAAAGUGAGAUGAAUGGACAUGCUGAUGGUACAAACUUUAUGCCGCAUUUACUCGGAGAAUUUCAAUAUAUUGAUAUUGAUGAUGGCACUUAUAUGUUAAUACAUAAGUUGUUAGAUAUAUUGAUAUUGAUGAUGGCACUUAUACGUUUUGCACUGCAGAUGAAGAAAGUGAAAAACAGAGCUAGUAAAAUAAAAAGAACACAGCUCUGA